UUUUUUUUUUUUUAUAGCUCAGCUGUGGGUGUGUUCAGGGAAGUGAAAUUUCAUUGCUGGCAAUGCUGUAAAAGCUGCACUUUGGUUUUGCUUUUAUUUUCAAGGUGAAGCUGGCGCAGUGAAGAGGACACUUUAACUCUGCUUAAAUAACAGUUGUUUUAAACCAAACCUUUCCAUGGGAGAAACUCUCCCAAGGGUCCCGGGAGGAGGAGGAGGAGGAGGAGGAGACGGAGGAGGAGGAGGAGGAGGCCAGCUGCAGAGGGGCGCUUUGGGCAGACGUGUGCAGACCCUCAGGGUUAAGAUGGUGCUUCUGGGGAGCUCUAAUGUGGGAAAGUCCAGCCUGGCUUUACGAUUUGUCAAGGAUCACUUCAGGAGUUCAUCACCUACUGUAGGCUGCGCCUACCUGACCCAGGUGGUGCAUCUGAGCGACGUCACUCUUCGCUUUGAAAUAUGGGACACUGCAGGGCAGGAGAAAUACCACAGCAUCACCCCGCUGUACUACAGAGGAGCCCACGCUGCACUCGUGGUCUAUGACAUCAGCAAAAGGGAAACAUUCAUCAGAGCUCAGAUGUGGCUCAAAGAGCUCGAGAAACAAUACGUUCCAGGCUCCACGGUCAUAUGGCUGGUGGGCAACAAGGCAGAUCUGGGCGAGAGUCGACAAGUGUCACUGCAGGAAGCUCAGACUCUAGCCAGUGAACGGGGCUUGUGCUUUACAGAGACCUCGGCCUUAUCCGGGGACCAAGUCAGUGAGCUGCUUCAAGCUGUUGCCCACAGAGUGUACGAGUACAUCGGAGGAGAGCAGGGAGUUCUAUCAGAAUGGCAGGAGGUUCCCCUGGUUGAGCUGCAUCGCAGAGACUCGUAUCUUCCUUGGGGAUCCUGCUGCAAAGUUGGACCUUAGCUUGUGUGACCAUCAGUUGCAUCGCUGCCUAUGUUUUUAUCUUUCUUGGCACUUGAGGUACUUGGUCCAAGAAAAAAUAAUUCUGAUCUUAAUGGUUUAAGAUUCAGAAUGUGUAGUUCUGUAUUUUCUUGAUUCCAGACCCUACAAACCAAGAGACGACACAGUAUUUAUCCUUUGAUAUGUAUUAGAUUGAUCAAUCCAAACUGUAUCAUAUGUUUUUUUUUUUUUUUUUUUUUUUUUUUACUCCAAUAUCAUGUUUAGAAUAAUGAAUCUUUAGUUCAUCUAGUUGAGCCAUUUGUUUCUAACGCUAAACUUGCUGCAUUGAUUGUUCUCGUGGGGUAAAGAUCUGCAUCCAGGAGGCAGGACCCCCCCUCCCCUCCUCCCUUCAGUCUUAAUCCAGGCCAGACGUUGAACUGAUACCAAAUGCCCUCACUUAGUGUGUGUGUGUGUGUCCCCCCAAGAGAGUUCAGUCAAGUGUGGCUCUCCAGAUGCCUACACAAUAGGGCCCUUUAUGAAGACGACAAGUAGAUAUUUAAUAAACUGAUUAUUUAUGCCACAGUGGAUUUUGGAUGAUGGACUUCAACAAACUGUGUUCUUAUGCCAAAAUGCUAUGGUUAUGCUGAAAACCAUGUGAACCAGAUCAAAGACUGUAAGAGCCUCACAGAUCUGACUGUAAAAUGUAAAAUGUUAUAGUGUUCAUUAUUUCUGCUCUGUGCCACUCUGAGUUUUAGUCUUGAGUUCUGAGUCUGAUUGGUAACUGGAUGACUGUUGUUAUGUGUGGCCAGGUAGCUCCACACCUGGAGUGUUGAAUGCUGCUGUUUCUCCUCUCUCUCUGAGAGAGGUAGGCAUUUCCAAUCAAGUAGGGGAUAAAAAGGAGGAAGAGAGGGCCCAGCUCUCUCUCUCUCAUUCUGGGGCAGCAGGGGAAGGUUUGCUGUCUUUCAGCAAAGUUAACCCUUGGUUUUCUUAUUUUAGUUUGAGUUGGAGACCACCGGUAGUCCUGUUUGGCGUUUUUGUUUUAGGUUAUACCUUUCUUUUAAUUAGUGGGGGAAGCACAGGGUGCGACGGCCCAUUGCGUGGCUGGCCCUGUGUUUCCCUCUUUUGUUCCUUUUGGCGGGGGUCUCCAUCUCAUUUUGGUUUAUAACUUUAUGAGUUAUAACCUUUUUCCCCUUUUCUUCCCCAGUGUAAAUUUUUCAAUAAAGUUUCCUUUUUUUGGUUACCAUGAAA